GCAGUGUUAUCUGUGUCAUAGUUGCUUUCUUUGCUGGAUCCAGUGUGUUGUGUGCUGCCUGGCAGCUCUGUAUAACAACAGAAUGGAUUUGCGUCUUGUUCCUAUCCUGCUCACUUUGUGGAUAUCUGCAGUGUAUUCUGGCAGUCACUCCCUGCGCUAUUAUUAUACAGGAGUCUCAGAUCGAACCUUUGGGCUGCCAGAGUGCUCUAUAGUUGGGUAUGUGGAUGAGGCACAGAUUGUUAGAUACAGCAGUGACAAUCAAAAGUUUGAACCUGCUACUCAGUGGAUGAAACAGAAAGAGGGGCCUGAAUACUGGGAGAGAGAAACACAGAAAGCGAAAGGAGAAGAGGCUUGGUUUAAACACAAUGUGAAGGUUGCAAUGGAUCGCUUCAACCAGUCCUCAGGUACCCAUUCCUUACAGAUGAUGUGCGGCUGUGAGCUGCGAGAGGACAACAGUAUCCGGGGGUACAAUCAGUAUGGAUACGAUGGGAAAGAGUUCAUAGCGCUGGAUACAGAGAGAUCGGUGUAUGUACCUACUGUGCGGGAGGCGCAGCUCACUGAGCAGAAGUGGAACAGCCCGGAGGUUAAUAAGCCUGAGAGAGACAAGAAUUACCUGCAGAAUAUCUGUAUCGAGUGGCUGAAGAAAUACUUGUCCUAUGGGCAGGCGGAGCUGGAGCGGAGAGUUCACCCUCAUGUAAGAAUUUCAGAUCACCAAUCAGAUGAUGCCACAGAGCUUCGCUGCCAGGCAUAUGGAUUUUAUCCGAGAGAAAUAGAUGUGAAAUGGGUGAAGAAUGGCAGAGAUGAUGUCCACUCAGAGGCAGCCAAAGAGAUCCUUCCUAACCCUGAUGGCAGCUACCAGCUCAGAGUCACUGCUGAGAUUACACCCAGUGAGGGUGACAGUUAUGCCUGUCACGUGGAGCACAGCAGCCUGAAGGAGAAACUUAUUGUGGUGUGGCCUGGCCCCAAUAAAGAUGGAAACAACAUGGGUAUAAUCAUUGCUGUUGUUGUUGCUGCUGUAGUGGUGAUUGCUGCUGUUGUCGGAUUUGUUUUCUACAAGAAAAGAAAUAAAAAGGCUUACAUGAAAACUGCAAGCGGCGAAACUGCAAGCAACGAAUCUGCUGAUAGUGUUAAAGCUUAAGCAUUUCUUGUUCUAAGAAGAGAGCAGUGAAAGCUCCAGAUGGAGAGGAGACAAGAAAUCUGAUUUUAGCUAUUUGCAUCUGUUAUAAAAUUUAUUUACAUUACAUAACAGGAUUUUUUGCUUUGCUUCAUGCAUCAUUUCUAGUGGGUUAAUAUAACAAUCAAUGCUCAGCAUUCUGGUGUGAUCAUAUUACUUCAAUAUAAGGGUGUAGAUUUAAGUUUUUCUUAAGUGUGUAAGUUCUGAUUGUUUUAGUUGUUUGAAAUGUAACAAUGAAUGUAAUUUGUGUACAAUUGAUCAAAGUCUCAUGUUGCACAAUAUAUGGUGGAAUUAUUUGAUUAAAUUUGCAGGGAUUGAAUAAACCCAAGAAUAAACUAGUUGGUAUAUAUAUAAUUUAUUUUCUAUCCACAAAACACAGCUGUAGUCUUAAUGUCUGUUUGAUAUUUCUUCUAAUAAACUCCAAAUGAAUGUUUCCUACUA